CGGGCUUGCAUGGCACAUGUCGACGCCGAACAAGUGGAAGCGGCGCUCCUUGAAGGCCCAGAUCUCGACCACGUCCUUCUCAUUGAAGCAGCAGCGGGUGAUGAAAUCCAGCUCCUCCUCUUCGGUCGGCGGCGACCUUGGCAGUCUCGGGACAACCUUGGCGCCAUCACACGGUAUGCUGGCAGCGUCGAGUUCCUCGGGGGACAGGAGCGGGCGGAGGCUGUGCAGCACGCCCGCGGUCGGGAGCCGGAACCGGUUCUGCUGCGAGUCGAGAUCGGUGGCGGUCACGGCCUUCUCGUCGAUGAAGGUCACCGUCAGGUCGAGCCGAAGGCCGAAAUGGGCGCGUAUCCAGGCUGGCUCGGCUCGGGGAGCGACGGCGGUGAGCGGGACGGCUUUUAUGGGCGCGGCGUCGACGGGCGGCGCCAAGAAUGGGACAAAAGCACCGGAGAGGGAGAGGCUGGCCGCGCUGGCCCGCUGCUCCGCGGCGGCGGGGUCGUACACGACCAGGGUAAGCGCGUGCGGUCUCUUGCAGCCAGCAUAGCGCGGCGCGGUCCCUGCCAUGGCUGGGA